GCCUGCCCUACAAACAUGUCGAGUGAAGAGAGUUACCUGGCGAUCCUUCGCUAUCUCACUAACGAGCGGGAGCCCUACGCACCGGGCACGGAGGGCAAUGCCAAGCGCAAGAUCCGCAAGGCGGCUGCCUGCUACGUGGUGAGGUCAGGCAUCCUGUAUUACCAGAGGCGGCACAGGGACAAGGAGAUCUUCACCGAGCUGGAGGUGGUGCUGCAGACUGAGCGCAGGAAGGGGCUGAUAGACGCGGCGCACAUCAGGGCGGGAGGGGAACACCUGACCCGGCAUCAGACAUGGCACAAUCUGUCCCAGAGCUACUGGUGGAGAGGCAUUUUAAAGCACGUAAAAGAUUACAUCAAAGCAUGUCCCAAAUGCCAGGAGAGGCUGGAUCGCUCUCGCUCUUUGAACGAUCCAUCUGAAAUGCUAGAGGAGCUUGGCAUAGAAGUCCGAUCAGACGGCGAGACAGACGACGAACAAGGCAAUUCUGCGCCCUGUGCAAAACCUGUCCAAAAAACUGUUAAAAAGAAACCGGCGACAAAACACGAACUGGUGUUUGUUGAUAGCAAAGGCACAGUGAGGCAGUCCUCCACUAAGCAUGGACAGAAAGUGUUGGAGCAGCUGAACCAGCAGCGCCUAUCCAAUCAGUUCUGCGACGUUACGCUUCUCAUCGAAGGAGAAGAGUUUAAAGCACACAAGUCUGUGCUAGCCGCGAGCAGCGAAUACUUCAGGGAGCUCUUCAUUGAAAAGGGGGCUGUUUCAAGUCAUGAGGCUUUUGUGGAUCUCUCUGGAUUCUGCAAGUCCAGCUUCCUCCCGCUACUUGAGUUUGCAUACACCUCAGACCUAAGCUUUGAUUUCUGCACCAUGGCAGAAGUUGCCAUGCUGGCUCGUCAUCUUUACAUGAGCGAGGUGCUUGAAAUAUGUGAAUCUGUUCAUAAACAGAUGGAAGAGAAGCAGCUCACCCUGUACCAUAAAGGUGAUGUGCAAACUGUGACAUCAGAAAAGAGCUUGUUAGGCGAUCAUGUGGAAGUAGCGGGUAAUGCAACCCCCACAGUGACUGAAGCGGUGAAUGAAAAUCAGGCGCCAGAUGUGAUAAAUAAAGAAAAUAUGGAAUGCGAGGUUGCUGACACGGUACAGAUGGAGGCUAGAAUAGUUUCUAGCGCAACUCCUCAUCUUACUGUUGGCUUAUCUCAGUUGUCUGUAGACUCUACCGUAGAACUGGUGAGCGAGAGCGAAGUUCCCAUUAGUUCUUUGAGUGCCACAACGGCAAUCUACAUUUCAGAUGUGAAUGCAGAGCUCCAGCCCGCAGUCAUUAUUCCUGCAGUAAUCGAUGUAUCCGCAGAAGAAACACAGGCUCCGCAAACCGUAUGUAUUGCUCCAGAAGUUUGUGUGUCUGCUGAGCCUACCGAUACCCAGCCAGAACCUUUGGUUGAAAAUGUGAGUGAAUCCCAUGAUGUUCCCGAGUCACAUAUACUCGCCAGCUGUGCAGUUGAAGCAAAGGUGACUUCAGAUUCAGAGCAGCCAGAUGUCAAUUUGAAUGACUCCUGCUCCACAAGCACACAGACACAUCAGCAGUGCAAAGAGUCCAAACGGGAAGAUUCGGCCAUUCCUGUCGAGGCACCUUGUGUCGAUGUUGUGGAAACCGUACUAACAACAAAGAGCAAAGACACUCCUCCUAAGAGGAAACGUGGUAGACCUCCAAAGUCGCCAGCGACAAGAACCAUUGGUGGCUCCCAAGAGCCUCUGGCACCUUCUGAUGACAGCACUUAUAAAAGGAAGCUGAGGGAGCGCUCAGUUGGGGAAGGUGGAUAUGUCCAAAUGCACAAAGGUCAAGAAAAGAAGAUCCGAAAGACGAACUCCAAAUCUGCAGUCCAACAGGUUGCCAUGAAACUGGUGUUGCGUGGUAAGAAAAGAAUAAUGCCGUCCAAGAAGGAAGGGCCCAAGGUUGAAGACGAACACAAGUGCGCUGAAUGUGGAAUGGUUUUCCAACGUCGCUACGCCUUGAUAAUGCACAGCGUGAAGCAUGACAAGAUCAAGGAGUUCAAGUGCCCGCUGUGUACGAAAGAGUUUCAGUACAGGGCGUCCCUCCGCGCUCAUCUCAUCCGGCAUACCCGCAAACCGGAAGCAUGUAUAGUUGAAGCAGAAAUGGAUCCUGCCGAAGGGCCAACAAAAAGGCAGUUUAUUUGUGAUAUAUGUGGAAGAACGCUCCCAAAGCUGUAUUCUUUGCGAUUGCACAUGCUCCGACAUACAGGAGUGAAGCCACAUGCGUGCAAGAUCUGUGAAAAGACGUUUACCCACAAGCAUGGUUUAAAGAUGCACCAGGCUCUACACGAAGCCCAGAAGCGGUUCAAAUGUGACAGGUGUGAAAAGUCGUUUGUAACAAAACGCAGUCUGCAGGAACAUGUUAGCACGCACACAGGUAUUUCCAAGUAUCUUUGCUCAAUAUGUGGUAAGGCUUUCCACAGAGCCUCUGGACUAAGUAAGCACAUAAAGAAGCACAAGCCAAGAGAUGAGACUUGUGGAUUUCAUUGCACACAGUGCGAUAAGAGUUUCUUUGGUUCCCGUGAUUUGCAGCAGCACAUGAACAAGCACCUGGGCGUGAAGCCUUUCGAGUGUGAGUUUUGUGGAAAAUGCUACAGCUGGAAGAAAGACUGGUAUUCGCACGUAAAAUCCCAUUCUGUAACGGAACCCUACAAGUGUAAUGUUUGCGGCAAGGAGUUCUACGAGAAGUCUCUCUUCAGGAGACAUGUAAAUAAAGCCACGCAUGGCAAGAAGGGCCGUACAAAGCAAAACGUGGAGCGCGUUUGCGAACACUGCGGAAAGACUUUCACUCAGCUGAGAGAAUAUAGAAGACACAUAAACAAUCACGAAGGUGUAAAGCCUUUUGAAUGCCUUACGUGCGGAGUAGCUUGGGCAGAUGCCCGCUCCCUGAAACGCCAUGUGAGGACACACACGGGAGAGCGGCCCUAUGUCUGUCCUGUGUGCAACGAAGCCUAUAUAGAUGCACGCACUCUACGGAAACACAUGACCAAGUUCCAUAACAACUACGUACCUUGCAAAAUCAUGUUGGAGAAAGAUACUCUUCAGUUCCAUAACCAGGGGACUCAGGUCGAACAUGCGGUCAACAUUUUGUCCUCUGAAAUGCAGGAGCCGCAUGCAGAGAUUGUAACCGAAGAGAUUGAGACUGUGUUGGUUACGGGAGAGGCGAUUGAAGACAUCGAAGCGGUGUCAAACUCCCAGGAGUGCGUGUCUACGUUAUCAGACCAAAGUAUCAUGCAAGUGGUAAAUUAUGUACUGGCCCAACAACAAGGACAGAAAAUCGGAGAUGUAACAGAGCACAUAGAGACAGUAGAAGUAGAGGUUGACCACAUUUCGGAGGAAGUCUAAUUGUAAAAUGCCUACAAAAAUCUGGAUUUGUAUAUAUUUAUAAACGUGUUUAUUCUAGCACUUAACUGGUCCCCGUAAGUGCUGCUGCAAGUAUUGAAGCAACCAAUAAUUUAUAUUGUUUGCCUGAAAAUGGUCAACAUUUUCCUUCUAUCCUUUCAUCAGGAGUGUACGAUACUCUACACUCCAUCAACCAUUACAAGUUGUUGUAUUCUUAUGCAUUUUGUAAGUAAAAGUCUGCUUCAAUUUUUUCCAUUGAAGGAAAUGAAAAUAAAUACACCUUAAGGGUUGUUGAUCAGAUCUGCCUUUUUUUGUUUUUAUGCUUACAAAAAACGAAUGUCAUGGGGGGGGUGAUUAUUUUCCAGUUUAAGCAGGUUUUAUUCAAAUUGGAUUUUUUUUUAAAACCUUUUCUUUUUGCAAUAAUGUCAAAGUUUAAAAACAAAUGUGUUAAUCGACAGUAAUGUAUUGCUGAUCGCUGAAAUCCAUUCAGUACCCACUGCCACAUCUAUAGAACUGUGCAUAGCCGGUGCGUCAAACGUCUGCUGCUAAAAUGUUUGCAAUAAAACAAGCUUUCUGA